UACCUUUCCAGAAAAGUUCUUGAUUUUACUAGGAGAUAUGGAUCCUAAUGGCUCCUAUCCUAACAAAGUCAGAUCUAGUGAAAGUGAGGCCAACAUUUCUCCCUUGCAUGAUGCACCGAGAGGCAGAGCGAUCAUGCCGAUGUUGAGUGAUUUUGUUCCCCUGAAUUCCACACCAUCAGAUUCAACUUGGAUAUGGAACACCCCACCUACCAUUGAUGCACCACAUGUAGUUACCAUGCCAUCAAUCAAAGAUUGUUCCAUCGUGCCAUACCAAACCAGUGCAUCACUAUCCUCACUACCUCCACAGUUGCCUGAUGCAAAGUUUACUCCUACAACUAGGGUAAAUACCCUUACUUCUCAGCCCAACCAUAGGGAAAUCUUUGAGAACCCGCCAGAAAUAUUCUCGCACCAAGAUUUCCUGUCAAACCCUAUUAGUAACUACUUUAGUUCAUCGGAUCAAAGUAGGAUCUUUUCGAUGGAGUCUCCAUCAAUUACAUCCUUACUCCAAGGAGAUCCCAUUGCAGUUGUCAAUGCCCACCUUAAUACUAUUGGAGCAAUAGAUGAUGGUCCAAUCUUUGAGAUCCCAACCAGGAGUGUCUACAAGGGUCCACAAAAUAUACCACAUGGGACGCUAACCCGUGAUGCUACUUAUGUUGUGCCUACCCCUCUUGCUCCAUUCGCCACAUCCUCACAUGGCCCUAGAGAAUACAAGACUCCUAUGGGUGUACCAAAUGGCAUUACUAAUAGUGGUAUUGUGCAUAAUACUAUGAGUUCACGUAAGUACAGAUGCAGCAUUUGCAAUCUCACCUUCAACUCAUCUCAAGCCUUUGGUGGUCACAUGAGUUCCCAUAGCAAAGCAAGGAAGAACAAGCUACAAAGUUGAACUAUGAGCACCAAAAUGGAUGAAGGCAGAGGUUCUAUCCCAGAUGGAAAAGAUAUUAUGGUUUCUUUACUUUUAGAAAUAAAAUGAUGAAUAAAAUUGCAUAAGAUUGGAAAAUAUUGUGUGGGUGUAAAAGAUAGAACAAUAUUUGUUUGAAUAUGUUUGUAUUUGUUAUUUCCUUAUGUAACUAUCAGACUCAUAGAUGGUUAUCUGCUAUGUUAAUCGUUUUGCCAUUAAAUUUAUGAA